AUGGCACUAAUCUUCAGCUUGGUACGUCAGGUUGGUUAUCCACCAAAGUCCACGUUCCCGAAGGCGCUGACUCUGCGACGAAGAAGGGGCGGAUAUCGGUCGGGCGAGUCGGCAGAGGCCGAGAUCAAACACUAUGCCCAUACAUAUGGGUCGGUGAUCCUGAAGUUGCCCUUCAGGAAGUUGAUAGAGGAGAUCGACUAUGAAGUGUCCCGGGCUCACAAUCAGAGCAUCGCGACAACCCCGGAGGCGACGCCGUUCUCUGAAAGGCAUCGCUGGUACCAAGAGGCAGUCGAUGCCCUGCAGGAGGCCGCUGAGACGUACAUCAGCGCCCUCUUCUCAGACUCCAUCAUGCAACAACGGCAUGCAAAGGGUCUGACUCUGAACAAGGACGACUUUCGGAUGGUCCGGUACUUCCGGAAGCUGCUGAGCGUGGACGAGGUUGUGGUCGUCGUCGUCGUGGCCAAAGCCAAAGCCAAAAGCCUCAGCGUCAACGUCGAAGCCGCUGAAGGCCAUAGACCUUACGCUUGCUGA